AUGCAAGCGCCGAAGCCGUUCGAUGUAGGCGCAGGGCAGCUCAUGCACCUCCCUCACGAAGAUGCUGCUGGAGAUGUUGCUCCUACUUCGUGCGUAUGGGUGUAUGAGGAGUUGCAGAAGCUGCAGGAGAAGAUGUGCCAGAUGCGGCGACAGCUGGACCCGCUGGAGCAGAAGGUGCAGAGUAGGCUGUGGAACCGCCAAUAUCAUCUGGCCCCCCACAACGACGUGAACCAGCACCAGCGACGCAGCCAUUGGCAGCCCCACAAUUGGCAACAGGGGAAUGAUCAUAUGCAGCAGCCAAGGCACCAGCACCGGUUGCAACAGCAAAUGCACCAGCAGGCAAGGGCACGUGAGGAGCAACAAGUGACGCUAGAGGAAAAGAGUGGACAGCAACACGAUCCAACCAGGGGGCAGCGGAAACGAAAGCGGGAACAGCAGGAGGGUGCGGAGCUUCUGGGGGAGCCACAGAGCCAGCGUUUGAAACCUGCUGAAUCGGUCUCGGCGCCUAUGGUAGAAGAUGCGUGGCUCACCCACGGCCCUCCAAGGCUUCAGACACCUCAGCCCAGCACCUCUCAACAGGCGUUACAGUCUACUGCUGCUGCUGUACCAGCAGGUCCCUCGACGCCCGAGGACAUCGGGAUCCAGGCGAUUCCGGGAUUUUCACAACCUCAUCAUCCCCCAUCUCAUUCAGCUGCUGUUGCAUCGGCUUCAGGUUAUGACGCUGAUGCACCUGGUACCUCAGAGGAUGGAGGGCCAGCAGCCGCACUUUAUAGGCGUAAUGCGGACCCUGGUUCAUCGGUGUUUGCGGGGGCAAGGCGCGCCGAGGAGAUGCCGCUUCUUACCGCUUUAGUGACUAGUAACAGCGCAAGUGUAGAAGCAAUUUCAGCAGGAGCAGGUUCUAUUGUUGUUGCCUCUGCUUCGACAUCGACAGUCACAGAACUGAUGGAGAAGGCAGACUCUCCACCUCCUCCACGGAAAGAACACCCUUUUGUGCAUCUGCCGACGCUAGAAGUUACAGUGCCUCCUGUGUUUUGCUCGGUUGACGUUAAGCGCGCCGUGUCCACUUAUUGCGGCAAGCGGAACCCUGUGCCGCUUCUCCGGAAGGCCCGUCGGCUUCUUGUGCAGCCAUGUUUGGGGCUUGCACAGAUAAUGGAGUUGGUGGGAACAGUAGAAGACCUGAUCACGCACGCAGUCUCCUAUGCUCAUCACCGUUGCGACGUCACAAAAAUGAUAGCAAGCCGUGCAGCUGAGCGGCUGGCGUUCCGUUUCCUCAUCCUGGAAACGGUGGUUUCCACCCUCAUUGUGCUGCAUCAGACACCAGACCCUUCCGCUUGGAAGCAACUCACCGAUGCCAUUAGCCACGCUGUACCCACCCCGACCCCACGAGCAUACUUCGCAGGACGCAACCGCUUCUUUACUACUUUGGCCGCGGACCUCAGCAGUGCGAUACAAAUACUCAAGACAGGAAGGAGACCAGAUCCUGAAGAUCUUCUGGAUAUCAAGCUGAAGCUCUUCUGUCACAAAUACUCUCCUCCGCGUUUGAAGGAAGGGGAUUUCGACGAAUGGAGGGCAGAUAACGAAAGUUUCACCGCGCAUGCCUAG